AUGGCCAGCGCUGAAUUGUCUGAAUGGAAAAUGGGCCGUAUAGGACGUUAUAACAAGUCAUGGAUAAUGAAGGCAUUUCUUCAUAUUGGGAUAAUAUUUCUGCUUUUGAAUUCGUUUAUAUUUAUUGUAGUACCAAACUUAUAUCCGUACGGCUAUGCACACUAUCUUUUCGGGGUACCAGUGGAACUGCCUGAGUGUAAACCAAAUAGCGAAAAGUAUUAUCUGACUAUAACAACAAUCGUUAGAAACCGUGCAAAAUAUAUGCCGGAAUGGAUGGAAUUCCACCUCUUGCAAGGAGUUGAACAUGUAUAUUUAUACGACAAUAACUCCACUGAUAACUUGGAGGAAACGUUAAGACCUUACAUUAAGGCGAACCUUUUGACAAUUAAACAAUUUCCCAAGAAAGUAAUUACCCUCUUUGAUGGAACAGAGGAAAUACUGACACAGAAAUUAUUUUUAAAAGAAACAAUUGAAAGUCAUGCGUGCGACACUCGUUGGAUGGCCAUGUUGGAUUCGGAUGAAUUCAUUCUACCAGGAACUGGGAGCGGAAAUAAAGGUUUGCGAGAUAUACUAAAACUUUAUGAAACCUACUCAGCUCUUGUGAUGCCUUGGGUCUAUUUCACAUCGAACGGUUGGACAAGAACACCUCAAAAUAAGCUCAUUAUUGAAGCUUAUACGAGACGGUGGAAAAUACCUAAACAUACAUGGAAACAAAUAAUUCAACCGAAGCGUACGAAUCGAGUGUAUUCUGCACAUAAUUUCGGGUCAAUUUCGGGCUACCAUGCCGUCAACGAAAACAUGAUACCUUUCGCUAACUGGCCGGCAAUGUUUAAUGGCUUGAUGACUAAGAAGUUUUAUAAGUCGGAGAAUUUCUAUUCCUAUGACGUCAUACGAUUACAUCAUUAUAAACUGCGGUCUGCGGAGGACUGGGAGCGAAGGAAGAUGAUCGGGGAAAUUUCUGGUACGGAUACCGGCUUAGGAAAGCGUGCAAUGAAAGAGCACUGGGACGAAUUUUUCAUGUUGGACGCCGUCGAGUCACUGACAGAUAAUAUUAUGUUGGAAUAUGUUGAGCCUUCGAAAGAAAAUAUGAGAAAAAGAUUUUUAUAA